AGUGUAUGGCAGGCAGGAGGGAGUCCCCCGCAGUAAGCACACACCGAGCUGUCUGACUCCGGCCCCGGCUCGGCUCUCACUGCCCCGGCACCUCCUGCUCCCCACCACCGGACAGCCUGGCCCCUCCGACGGCGCUGGGCCUGGGAUAUACCGCGGUCUGGGCCUAGAGUGGGGACCAGAGCAAGCAGCUCGCGCUGCCCGACGUUCUAUCGCCCUGUCCCCGGGCUGGAAUCAGGAGAGCCCGCUGACUAAGUUAAGAAAUAAUAUGCAAGAAACAUUAUUACAAUGACAACCGUUAGACAGCGAAAGCGGGUAAACUCCUCCGACACAAGUCACCAGGGACUUCAGGCUGAGAAACACACCAGGCAACAUGUGAAGGGACAUUCCGGUACAACAGCAUGGUGGAUUUUAACUCAAGUAAUUUUAGGGACCCCUGGAUUGGGCCUUGGGCUGGUAACCACUUUCUAUGUGGCUACCCUCCAUGAAAAUGAUCUGUGGUUCUCAAGUAUAAAGGAAGUGGAGCGGGAGAUCUCCUUCAGAACAGAGUGCGGCCUGUACUAUUCUUACUAUAAGCAGAUGCUCCAUGCCCCGUCAAUCAAACAAGGUAUCACUGACUUAAUGUAUGACAAUCGGACAGAAUCCAUGAGAACCAUUAAUAUUCUGGCUCGAAUGAAUGUGUACCAAGAAGUUCUCCUAGCUGUACUGUACAGGAGUUUGCCAUUUUGGACCUAUUUGGAACCGGUUUAUUUCUACAUAUACACGCUCUUUGGACUGCAGACCGUAUAUGUAAUGGCCCUGUACAUUAUCAGCUGGCUGCUCAGCGGUACCUGGGUUUCAGGAUUAUUAGCGGCUUUAUGGUACAUUGUGAACAGAAUUGACACUACAAGAGUUGAAUUCACCAUUCCACUGAGAGAAAACUGGGCGCUGCCAUUUUUUGCUCUCCAAAUAGCAGGAAUUACUUGUUUUCUUAGACCGAAUUUAUCAUCUUUUAGGCAGAGAGUUUCCCUGUUCGUGGUUUUUCUCUCAACGUUCAUAUUCAGUCUUACCUGGCAGUUUAAUCAGUUUAUUCUGCUUAUACAAGCUAUUGGGCUUUUUCUUCUGGACUGCUUGGACCUUGUGCCUUCCUCUAAGGUGACAAAACUAUACAUGACACAGGUCCUUUCACUCUUCCUGGUCUGUGUGCUGCAAUUUUUGAAUACCAUGAUUCUGGGAUCCUUGCUACUUAGCUUCAUUAUGGCUGCAGUUAUAGCAAGGAAAGUGCAGAGAGGCCUUAAAAAUGGAGAUCUUCUAAGAAGAAUUCUGAAUCUCUGCCUCCAUGGGAUCCUCGUUCUGUUUCUGACCGGCAUCAUAAAUAAGGCAAUUAAGAAAAUCCUCAAUUUACAAGCAGAUGAACACAUUUUUAAAUUCAUUCAAGCGAAGCUGGGAUUUGGAUCGAGGGAUUUCGAUGCCAGUCUGUAUCUGUGUGAAGAACCGUUCCGCCUGCUCCCUUUUGAUACGUUUCAAAGGCUCUCUGAUACUCUGAUGUUCUACCCUUAUAUUUUUGCUCUCUUCAUCCUAACGAUCACUGCCACAAUGACAGUGUUUCACAACCUCAGCAGUUCAUCAAAUGGGAAACGCAAGGAAAAAAAGACAAAUUAUCUAAAGCCAGAUAUUUCAUUCAAUUUGAUGCAUACGCUUCUGUUUGGAUGCUUGGGCCUUAGCACAAUGAGGAUGAAGUACCUUUGGACAUCUCAUAUGUGCAGUUUUGCUUCUUUCGGACUCAUUAGUUUGGAAGUUUGGGGACUCGUGUUGAAGUGUUUUAGACUUUACACCCCACAGAGGACAAAUGUGAUUAGAUAUUGUGUGUCCAUCACGCUAAUAAUAUAUUUAAUAUUUAAGUUUUGGCCGCGGCUAUCGGAGGAGCUUUCUGAACUGAGAGAAUUCCAUGAUCCGGAUACUGUGCAGUUAAUGAGCUGGAUCAAGUCUAACACUCCAAGGAAUGCCGUGUUUGCAGGGAGCAUGCAGCUUCUGGCUGGGGUCAAGCUGUGCACAGGGAGAAUUCUAACCAAUCACCCCCAUUAUGAAGACAAGAGUCUCCGCGAUCGGACAAAGCAGGUGUACCAGAUCUAUGCAAAGAGAUCCCCCGAAGAGGUUCACAGUAUACUGAGGUCGUUCAGAACGGAUUAUAUGAUUCUGGAGGACAGUAUAUGUUAUGAAAGGCGUCAUGGGCGGGGAUGCCGUUUACGGGACCUACUCGAUGUUGACAAUGGACAUAUCAUGGAUGGACCUGGUGACAACGAUCCUGAUUUAAAGCCAUCCCCGUCUCCUCGUUUCUGCGAUGAAAUAAAGAGAGACAACCCAUCCUAUACCAAUUACUUCACCAGGGUCUUUAAAAACAAAACCUUCCAUGUCUACAGACUGGCAAAAAAGUCUAGCGUUAAAUAGCUUGUGCCAACCAACCGGAGUCUGUGAUGAAUGUGAUAUCUGGGGA